ACCUUCGACUACAACGUGGACAGGUACGGAGCUGAGCCGCAAAAAUGCUACUGUGGUGCCUCAAACUGUCUGGGUGUUAUGGGAGGGAAGACGCAGUCUGAGAGUGCUAGGUUGCUUCCGCAUGUCAUUACUGAAGCUCUUGGAGUUCGUGCGAACGUUGAAAAGAGAUGGAUCAAAGAGCAGAAGAAACUGGGCACCAAAGUUACGCAAGACAACAUUGACUCGAAUGUCAACGUUGAGUUUGUCAAAUCUUUGGAACUUGAGCCGCUACGCUUAGCAGAUGUGUCCAAGGUGGUUAGUUGUUUGCUACAACCAGACCUGGAUUUUAUCGUGAUAUCGAGGGUCAUUGAGAGGUUUUCCCUUUGCGACAACUAUGAUGAGAUCGUGAAUCGUUUUUGCAGACUCCAUGGAAUGCAAGCUUUAAGCACUGCACUUAAAACUCUGUUGGGCUUAUCCGGAGACAAGUUUUCCAAUGAAGAGGAGGAAUUGUUUACCUCCAUGGCCAAGAUUCUUCAGCAUUGGCCCCCGUUGCGAGCAAAAAAUACGAUUGUCAGCUGUAAGAUGGACGAGAUGCUGCAGGAGGCCGAGUCCAAAACUAGCAAUCCAGAUCUGAAAAGCUUGGUGUCCCAGCUGCUUUCAAAUUGGAAAGAUCUCGAGUUGGUCUAUCGCAUUCCAAAAAGAAGUGACCUUAAAAAUGCCUCCGACACGGCAACUAAAUUGGACGACCGCAGAGCAAGAUCAACCUCCUUGCCGGCUUCUGAGGUAGUCGACCCUGCUAAAACGGCAAUAAACGGCGUGGCAUUGCCUCCUGGAUGGGAGUGGGCAGAGGAUCCUAGCACCAAAACUGUCUAUUAUUUCAAUAGGUCCAAGAAUAUCACCCAAUGGGAACGCCCUGUGAGCACUCCAACGGGACCUGGUGUUUCUGACGAGGAGGAACGUCGGAAAAGGCGAGAAAAGGAACGGCAGAAGGAGGAGGCCAUGUACAAGAAGUUGGAGCAGGAGCGUCAAUUGGCACGACAGAAAGAGCUGGAAGUCGAGGAAAUGCGCAUGAACAAGCUCUCUUUGAUUAUUGCGCAAGCAUCUUUGGAAAAACCAACUACGCCGGCAGAAACGCCGAAGAAAGAAGAAGAGCGCCAUAUCAGUGCUACGGAAAAACAGUGGACCAAACUUUUUGCUUCUGCAGUGCCCAAUAUGCUGAAAAAAUACGAAACGGAGAUUGGAAGAGACUCUCUAAAAGCCUGUGCUCGUGAUAUUGUGCACACCCUGGCUCAGAAAGAGCUCAAGAGACGCUCCGACAGCAAGCCACCUUCAGAGCUGAGUCAUGAGAAGAAGGCCAAAAUCAAGCAUUUUGUGAAGGAGUACAUGGCCAAGUUUUUGGUCAAGCUUGAGGAAAAGAAGAAGCGGAAGAGUUCUGGAGCUUCUUCCGAAUCCAAACGCACAAAAUCCCAAUAAAUCAC